UGUGAAAUAGUUGGGUGGAAUACACGUGUGAACUGCAGUUCCUCUCCGCACUGCGCUGAAUGGUGACCAGCGACUCAAACAGAUAGGAGGGGGAGGACUGGCCAGCAUGGAGCUCCACUCACCCAAAAAGAGCUGAAUAAACAGUACAAAACAGCUCUGCAGCAAAGACAAGACACACACAGAGAAACACGGACAAAAGGACGCAAGAAAGGAAAGCAAGGCAGGUGUUUUGAGAGGAAUACGAGAGCAGUUGGGUCAGAGAUCGGUGGUCAUUGGUCUAAGGAUGUCCAGGAGCAACUCUACAGGGGAUCUGGUGCCCAAGGACAUUACUGAGAUCCUGGCCCUACAGGCCAGUAAGAAGAAACGGGGUUCAUCCUUGGGCCGGGCUUUUAGCUGGUUCAAGGGCAGCAGACGCAAGAGGAGUCUCAGCAAUGGGCAAACUAGGUCAGGAGGUCCAUGUGUGCGGUCUAGAGAGAGCGUUGCAGCCAAACAGAUUCAAGCCAGUAGUGAAACCUCUAAAGGCCAAAAACAGGAUGAGCAAAGAAAGCUGACUGUACACUACACAACCUCCCAGCACUACCAGGAGAAUGUGUUCAUAGAAGGGAGCAGGCCACAGUACCUGAAAGACCUGCAUACAGAAGCCCAGGAGGGACUGAAGAUACUACAACAGGAGGAGCACACAAAUGGGGUGGAGUUUCAGGAUGAUCAGACUGAGCUAGAGGAAGACACAAGCUCAAAAGAAAGAGAUGAAUCACUUGAGACUGAUAGCACUGCUGGGCACUCUGUCAAUUCAGUGUCGACUGUCUCAGCAGUCUCCUCGCAUCCAGUGCUUACACGUCAAGGUUCCACAUUUAAGCCAUUGAACCCAGUUAAAAGACUGGACAAGACCAAGAGGAGAAGUAGAAGAACAACAAUCAUGGGCAUACCACAGCAAGUUCAAAGAGAAUUGGAUAUGGCAAGAGGAACCAUACUGCAGCAGCUUCCAAACAGAGAACGUGAUGAAGAUGAUUCAUCUGGCUCAGUUGUCAUCCCGACAACUGAUGGAGGGCUCCCUUUAGUAAAUCACGAAGGGGCUCGUGUACACCUGCAGAACAUUGAGGUUCUUCAGACAUCAAGAGAUGAGGAGUUCCUAAUAAACCACAUUCAUUCUGUCUAUCAAGAUGAGUUAAACCGAAAGCUUGGUCUAGGAGCAUGCCCUACACAGAGGCCUAAAUCUCUUGCUGUGCCAAGAAUGACCACUUCCUAUUUCCUGCAUGAGCCUCAAGGUCCCGUUAUGUCCAUUUCUCCACAGGCAACAUAUUUAUCCAAGAUUAUUCCAAAUGCAGUUCUGCCUGUUGCAAUAGACAUCAUUGAAAUUAAUCAUGAUCACAGCCGGCGCAGUGCAAGUACAGUCAGCAAGAAUAGUUUAGCAUCAGCUAGCCCAGCUUCUUCACGGUCUGGAAGUGGGACAAAUCAAGGUCCUCUUACCGCUAGUUCCAACAAGAGUCAUUCGCAAUCAUCCGAGACCGUUGUCUCCAAUUCCUCGACAAUCUCUUCAAAAGGAAGGUGUCUACCAACCUUUGUUGCCGACAGCACCAAAGAUGUUUCAGAUUUAAUCCCAAAGGACAGUCUUACAAGCUCAAGAAGUUGGACAAAUUCUGAUAGUAAAGAUACAAAUCACAGACUGGACCACAGGGAGAUGGAUGAUGCAGGGGACAAUGUUAGAAACAGCAGUUCGUUCUCUCGUAGUCUCUCAGUAAUGAAAACAAAACUACCACCAGCACCGCCUCAGAGAACCUAUUCCCUGCAUCAUGAAAAACUUAAGCGGAGAUCUAGGGAGCGUGUAGACAUAAAAGAUCUCAAAGAUAUUGCACCAAAUGAUGAGCAAAUCGGUAGAGACCUCAGCAAUGCAAAAGAAGACCACCAGUCCACCGAUAACGAGAAGAGUUCUGUCCAUUCGUCCGUGCUCAGCUCAUUAAAAGAUUUCCAGACGUCUGUGGAAUCUAGCCCACUUAGUCCUGAUCAAGCUUUUACUGGAAGUCACGUCAGAUUAAGUAACUCAUCCCCAAAGAAAACUGGAGAAUCUGGUGAAAACAAAUUUGAUAGGACUUUAUCUCCUUCAAGUGGAUACUCAAGUCAAAGUGGGACGCCUACGCAUUCCCCUAAAGAGGUUAGUCCCUGCUCACCUGGAAAGAGAAGAGUUAAGCCUUCAAAACCAGAGAGAGCAGGUGUACAGAGCUCACCGGAGGUUUCAGUCUCUUCGUCAAUGACAUCUCUGUCUUCAGUCACAUCAGAUACGGCACAUCAGGACAUUCAAACCAACACCACUCCAUCAGAGCCAUUGAAGUGCUCCCCUCUAACUAUUAUAACAGUGAAAAGCAAGGUAACACCUACACACCCAAAUAAUUCUCUUAGGGAACUGUUCAACAUUCCCCCUCCACCCAAGGUAAAAGCCCCAUCUCCCCCACCCCCUGAAACCUGGAUUCACAAUAAAUGGACACUUGAACUAUUAUGUGGCCCAGGGCCAAGCCCCCAUAAGUUACAUCAGCUUCAAAAACAACAAAACGAGUCAUCAAUAGGUAAAAAUCAAAACACAAAUUCAAUGCAAAUUCUUGAACAAAUGACCCCAAAGACACAGACAGGAGAAGAAAGGAAGAUUGAAGAAGAAACGGAGAACAAAGAAGCUGUAAAAGAAAAAAACGAGUCCAUAUCACCACAAGUGCACGAACAAACAACGGCAGAACCUCCUGAUGUGAGGCAUAAUGGAAGCUCAACAUUACAUAUUGAACUAGAAACUCUUGCAGAGGUCAACCAAGCUAUUCAUUUACAAGGGGGGAGAACUGUAGAGGACCAAAAGGAAAGAGGAAGUCAAACACUUCUAACAGCGAAGGUGCCAACUAUCAAAGUUGAUCAAAGUAUGCUCUCACAAACAAACAGUCAAGUCAAAGCAAAUGGUGAAAUUGUGAGCACAUCUUCCCCAAGUAAUGACAAAACCAAUGCGGAGAUCCAAAGAAACGGCCAUGUAAAGGGCUUUUUGAAUCAUAAACCAAUGCAAACACUUGGUAUAGAAGUACCUAAUGUCAGUGGCAUUUCUCCACCUCCAUCUCCACCUCCAGAACACCACCCUCCUCCACCACCUACUAAACAGAUAUCAGCUUCCUCAGUGUCUAUACCACCAUCUAAAGAAGGGGAACAGAAGCAAGAAAAAGAAAAAGAGGAACAGGUGACUUUCCUGGAGUCUUCUUGGCCUCCACCACCACCACCAAUGGAAGAGUCUUCUGACUUGAUGUUUGAGGAACAAGACGAACUUGACUUCCCCCCACCGCCUCCUUCGUUCAUGCAUGAACCCCUUUCAGAGAUAUUGGUCAAUUCCCAUGAAGAAUCAUGUGAACAGCAAUCUAAUACAGAACUUGUGUCAUCUAAUGCCUCGGAUGUGGACAGCAGUCCAGACCAACACUCAGAAAUACAUACCAUUCUCCCAGAAAGAACAGUACAAAAUGGUAUGGAGAGGAGACAACAAGAUAAGCCUUGUAAUAAUGUAUCAGACUUCUCAUUGGACCAAGUUGGCAUUGGAAACACAACUGUAGCCUCUCCUAAAAUGUCCUUUUUAUUACCGGAUGAACUUGUACAAGGGGAAGAUUCAUCAGAGCAUGCAUCAUCUGAAAGCCAAGCAGAUGUGCCACUCGCACCAGUGGAAAACCAAUCUGCAGUUAACUUACGAAGGCAUCUGAGCCUUGUAAACAAAGACAACCGGAGCAAAGAACUGUUGUGUCGACACAAAAGCACACCUAUUCCAAAGGAAGAUGCAAACAUACCACUUGUCACACCUUCCUUGCUUCAAAUGGUGCGACUACGGUCUAUAAAUGUUGGGGAAGAUCAAAUAAACAAUGAUACUGAGACCACAACAAAUGAGGAUCACAGUUUUACUAGUCAACCAACACCCCAAAAGCCUAUUCGCAAAUCCUUGGCUUUGAAGUCCAACUCGCCCGUUAAGCCUUCUCCUGCUCCACCCACGGUCCCAUCCAUGUGUCUCCAAGAGGCUAUACGAAUGAAGACAGCUGCUAUGUCGUCCAGUGGACUACCCGCAAUGCUCAAUCUACGCUUAUCCUCAACUAGCACUGCUAGUUCACCCGUGCCAUCCCCUAAAACACCAGACGGCUGUGACUUGCAUAAGUCCCCUGCAUCGACAGCCAGUUUUAUAUUCUCCAAAAGCACAAAAAAAGUUAUCAUUGAAACACCUUCUUCACCUGAGGUCCAAGCAAGCCUCAAACAGAGUCUUGCAGCGGAGAUAAUGCAUAUUUCCGACCAAGCCAAGAUGAUGAUUACUAAUGGAACAAAAAAGGCAAUUAAGGUGCCGCCACCUGUUGCUAAGAAACCAGUGCAUGGAACAAAUCCUCCCAACAAGACGGAGAACGUAACUCCGGAUAAGACCGAGAUCUUGACAAAUAAACAAAUAACGAGAGUUGAAGUUAAUGGGCAAAGUGAUCCAGUGCAUCCUGCUGGCCAGCGAGCACAAUCAUUAGGGAGACAAGAGCAACCAAGAAGUACAGAGACUGCAUGUUGAAGAGUCAUGGUGGAUGAGUUGAGUUUUGAUUGGACUGUUUAGUCACAGCCUGGGACAGACAAGAGGACAAAGCAAGUGAUAAAAGCCCAAGUAAGAUUGUGAUCAAGGAUCCAUGGAUACUGCAACUGUCUUAAAAGCCUUAGCCAGAUAAUGGCCUUCAAAUGUAUGCAAAAAGCUUUCUCCCCCAAUCCAUUUUAUUUUAUUUUUUUAAAUAGCUUUAUUACAAACUUUCAAGUAUUUUUCUAAAUGAGUUUCUCUGCUCUGGGAAAAGUCACUUUAAGUUUAUUGUGGACUUUGGAAAGCUAAUGACUGCAAGAUUAAACUGACAUCUAGUGGUCACUAGUGGUAGUAAUCACUGCUUGGUGCAAAAAGAAAAGUCAAAUCCUGUUAAAAAUUUGACAUAUCUAAAUAUGUGCUAGCUUUCAUGAAAGAAGUCGAUCGAUUCUACUAACAAUUUUUAGAAAGGUUUAGUUCUACUGCAAUCAGCUUUCAGCAAAUAUGUAAUGAUACGUGUACAGAACCACCUUUAUGAAUUCUGAAAUAUGCUGACCAUGGCUGAAACAUAUAACAUACAAAACGUUUAUAUAUUCACUUUGCAUUAGAUUAAAGCACUUUGUAAGCUAAAUGCUGCAUUUCUGUUGGAACCAGCAAAUUAGUAAAAGUAUUGACUGAUGGUCCCUCUAAAUUUGAUGUAAAAAUAUACAGUAUAUACAUAUACUUUAGUAACUAUUUACUUCCAAUGGAGUUAAUAGAAUUACAACACUGUUUCUGUUUUAAAAAUAAAUAUUAAAAGAUAUUUAUAGAUUUA